CUAUUUGCUGCAAGUGUCUCUGUGGUUUAUCAAACUCACAUCUGAUCUGAUUUGAAGUAUCGAUACCAGUACCUAGUCAUUAGCACGUAGACAACCAGAAACAAAAGAGGAUCGGGAAAACACUGAUUCAUCCAUUAUGCAUCAGUUUAUGGUGCCGCUUAGGUCGCUACUGAGUUACAUCGACAAACUUUGAAAAAUGUGCUGCUAAAAAAAUCUUGAUAGUCUUAAUCAAAACUGACUUAGAAUCUUCUUUAAUUAAUUUAACUUAAUGAUCUUAAACAAGAAUGCCGAUAAACAGUGCGACGGACCCUAUAUAUUUACACAGCUAAAUGAAUACUACUGAAGUCUGCUUUCUGUAACGGUCACCAAGGGAGCGCAUGUCAAUAGCAUCUGCCGCGCCAUUGGUCCUCCGGUCCAGGAGCGCGUGCUAGACGCAUAAAAUUCACUACUUUCUGUCCCUUGUACCUGCCCCUGACAAACUUUAUCCGUCCCCGAGGAACUAUUCCAACAACAGCCUCCAUGAACCCGGCCCAGCAUGAAGGGUCCUCAGCGGAUCUCACAAACUGUAAUUGUGCGACUUGAAGUACGGCAACGAAUUCUAACCCCAAAUACGACUAAAGGCUGACUUGAUAAAGCGUUUUAAUAAACCCUGAUGAAUCUGUUCGAAGCCAAAUAAAUUAGCAGCGCUAUAGAAGGGAUUUCCAGCGUAUCCGGUGUUCAUCCUGCAAGACUUCAGAUCCUGUUAUAGGCUGGUGGCUGUAAAUGGGCUGCUUUUUAUCAGUAUCUGCCGUACAGUCAUGUUUAUACAUCAGUAGCAUCAUGCGAUGUUCUACACACACAAUCACCAAAAUGUCGCUGUUCUUUGGCGCCGUCGCCAUCAGCACCAUGGCGCUAGCUGUCGCCACCAACCACUGGAUCAUAGCAUGGGAAACCACCACGCCAUAUUAUCCAUCCCACUUGGAGGACGAGUUUGAAGAGGACUUUAACUUCACAAUGGAAGGCGUUUCCUCCGACCUACCAGAAAUAAAUUUACUGGUCAAUACAACGUCAAACUUUGGACUUUGGCAAGUCUGCAUCAGCGCUAAAAGUUUUGAGCCUUCUACAGGCUUCGUAAAUGGCAUCUAUGUUGAGUGUAUGAGUCUACUGAAGUAUAAGACCACCCCAGCUGAGGACACCUCCAACCAGGAGAUCAGCUUAAAAAUAGCAGAUAGUCAAAACAACAUGGCACCUCAUUUCGUAGUCAAUCUAUUCCUAAUGUUGUUGGCUGCCAUUUUCCACGUCGUUGGCGCUGUAAAAGCAAGCUCUCGGACUCUUAUUGGUGGAAUCAUCUACAUUAUUGCAGGUUUGUGUACUGCUGUCAGCAUCGUGAUAUAUAUUACCUUUGUCAAUGAUGGCGUCCACUAUGCAGGCCCCGAGAAGGAGAACAGCUACUUCGAAUACCGCUAUGGUUGGUCCGCUUACGUCCUCACCAUCUCCUACUUGUCUUCCCAAGUGGCCGCCGUUCUCUGUGUGACGCUGUUCUUACAGAGAUACCCCAAUGUCAACGAUCUAGUCAGACUCAUACCUGGCCUGGACAAGAAAGUGCCAAAACCUGAAGGGCCUGACCAAGGAACCCUCAUCUAGGGCUGUCGCCCUGGUAAUAAUAAGCUUGCUGAAUGAAUAUGACUUGACUUUUUUUAACUAUGAGGGUUAUAUGGUAAUAUAGAGUAUGUCCUUAUGAAGGGUAUACCCCUACCUGAAUAACUUUUUUAUUGUGCUCAAUAUUAUGUACAUUGUACAUGUCUGUACAUGUUCGUUUUUUUAAUUUUGCAUAUUGAAACUUUUGCAUUGUAAUUUAUUUAGUUUUUAUCAAUUAUACAUAUUUGUUAAAAAUUUA